AUGAAUUUCUUAUUUGCACAUGGAGAGACACGAGGGUCGGAGGAGCAAGUUAAGAAAUUUGAAGGACCUUUGUACUCAAAAACUGAUGAUUUGAACUUGGAGGCUUACGGGAAGGAGAGCAUUCAAAUUCUAUUGAAUCGCCACACAGGCGACGAUAAAGUGACAACGUGGGAACUUGUGGAUGAAGCGAAUGGCAUCAAAGUCUGGCGUGGUGUUGUGAAGGAUUGUGACUGGUGUCCGUUUCGUGCAGAACGACGGAUUAAUGCUGACAAGCACUUGAUUGAACGCAUUUUGCUGGACCCUAAUCGAACGCUUGAGCUUGAUGAGAUGAUGGAGGGAGUUGUCACAUUGCGCAAUAUAGGAGACUCCGACCGGCUUGCACUUCGUCAAAUUACUAGCAAAGGGCAAUUUCCUAUCCACGGUCGCGAAUUUGUGGUUGUCACGUAUGCUACUACGCUCAACGACGGUCGCAUUGUCAUUGCUACGCGCUCGGUAAAUUUAGCGGACGUGCCGCCGCUUAACGGUCACGUCCGUGCUCACAAUCAUAUUUCGGGCUACAUUAUUCAGGAGUGUAAGGAUAACAAGGGUAGCGUGUAUUCAAUUGUGACACUCGUUGCACACGCCGAUUUGGCCGGGUACAUUCCACCUAGCAUCAUCAACAUGCUGGGCACGUCUUCGACGGUCAAGGUUCUUGCAAACUUAGAGACCAUCGUGACGGCUAAGUAG